AUCCAGCUUAUGUUGAUUAUUGAUUGUUAUCAUUACUACUAAUUUAUCAGCUGUUUUGUACAGUUUGUAUCAUGUUUAGCAGGAAGAACAUUAUUUAUUUUUAAUGUUAAAUGGUAUUUAGGCAUAUAUAAAAUUGUAUAUUUAGGGUAGACUUUAAUAAGUGGCCUACAAUCGUUAUUCAGUUGUGUUUAUUGAAUGUAUCAAUUGUUUCUAUCAAAUUAAUAAUUCUGUAUUAAAAUUUAUUUAACUUAACAUAUGACCUCAACGUAUUGAUAAAUUAUAAUAAUGUCUAAAAACGUAAACAAUAAACAAUGAGUAAUAUCUAAUUUUUGGAGAUUUCAAAAAUGGCGAUGAUUAUGAGAUUGAAUGUUCUUGGCGAGUGGUCAUAGAAGUUGGGGAGUGGAAUAAAGGCAGACUGUCUAGCAGACUAUCUUCGUGAAGGCGAGAAGUGCGCCUGUCGGUUUAAAUAUGAUACUUCCAGAAGGAUUCAAAGAUUUUACAGAAUACUUUGAGAAACUUAUAUUAUUUUUGGAAACAUAUUCUUGGCUGUAUAAAGAUCCUGUCACUAAUCUUCUAACUUCUGAUGUAUUCUCCAAAAUUCCUGAUGAAUGGAUAAUAAGUCUGUUGGACUUGACAAAUGAAGAGUUAAAUAAUGUUCCAACAGGAUUAAUUAAGGAUGAUUGGCCUGAGAGCCUAAAACAGUUCUCCCUGGAUUGUAAAAGAUUCACACUUCCAGUGCUGACAUCCAAAGAACCACUCUACAAACCCUCUGAUCUCAGCAGUUUGCUGCAGGCCGUUCCUCGAGAGAUAUGGAGGGGAAUGAGUCCUAAGAAAAAGGAUGAGGUAGAGAUUAUGUCAGAGUUUGUCCAUCAGGAGUGUAAACGUCUGAGCAUCGGCAAAAUCUUAGAUCUUGGCUCAGGUCUGGGCUACAUUGACCGGUUGUUGCUCCUGAGAGGCUACAGAAUACUAGGAAUUGAAUCUCAAACAAAACUCGUAGCGUUUUCAAUAAUGCAAAAAGAGAACUUUUUUCCUCCGUGUUUGGCCAGAAAUUUGGAUUACCACAACAUGAGGAUCUGUGGCAGUUUGAUCUCUGAAGUGAAAAAUGCUGUUGUGAAUAUUUUGUGCAAGCCAAGUGGAGACUCGCUGUGUACAUCUCGAAAGGUCAAUAACAACGUUAACAAGUAUGACUGGGACAGAUUGAUACCUCUCUGUAGGGAUAUGGCUGACAACACUAAUUCAGAUAAGAUUUGCAUGAUUGGGCUGCAUUCCUGCGGAGAUCUGGCAGUGACUGGGAUCAAGAUGUUCAUGAGUCUGGCGGAAGUGUCGGCCCUAGUGCUGAUCCCGUGUUGCUACCACAAGAUGUCACUGAGACACAACUGCCGUAGUCAAGUAGAGUCUGAGUUUGCUCUGGAGGAAGCCCUGUGUGACACGGACACUGAGAGUGGAGAAGAGACAUUCCAUCAUUUCCCUCUUAGCAGAGCCCUCAUCUCUCAGAGCGUGGGGGCCAAGUUUGUUUGCAGGCCAUUCCUGCGGUUAGCCAACCAAGCCACUAACACCAGUUGGCAGGGCUGGACGGAGGGGGAUCACCACAGGCAUGCUUUCAAUGUUCUCUCAAGAGCUGUCAUCGAACUAGUCGCUCAACAACAAGGUGCGACUUUUAAAAAGUGUUUUAGACGAGUGGUGAGGAAAACUUCUCUGAAGGGGAAGGACUUUUUAAGCUAUGUCGAGGAAUCACUUAGUCGGUGUGAGUUCAUCAAUCAGAAGCAAUCGUCUACAUUUGAGCAGAAUAAAAACAAUAUACGCAACAGCUUGCUGGAAACGUGGGAGCAGCACAAGGACAAGUCACGACUGGUCGAGGCAGUGACAGGACUGCAGAUGUGUCUGGAGCCAGUAGCAGAGAGUUUGGUGGUGGCAGACCGAGCCUGCUAUCUGUGGGAGGGAGGACGAUCUGAUGUCAGAGUGGUUCGGAUGAUCGACAACAAGCUAUCGCCUAGGUGUCUAGCUUAUGUCGCCUCUAAAGUGUAACUCACUUUUGCCAAUCCUUCAGUUUGCUUUGAAUCACAGAGAAUGAUCACACACAGAAUACUCACUGGACCAACUGAUCAAAGUGUAGUCCUAUGGUCAGACCAAGUGACUACAUUUACAGGACAUAGCGCAACACUAGCAAAUUCCUGCAAUGAGACGUUUAGGUUUAGAUUGUCUUUGCUCUGAAUAUUUUGACUGAUAUAAUUUUUUUUUCAUUUAAAAUCACAGAAUGUGUUCCAUAAGUUGGAAAAUAUAAUGUUUAGUCAAGUUAAAUAUGCAACACCAUGUAGUGCAUAUCUUAUAAUGAAACUUAAUGUAGACUCCCUCCCGUCUGGCAUCAAUUACAUUGAUUGUCAGAUGGUUUUGACCGUCUCAAAGACACACUGACCAGUCAAAUAUACAAGCUUCUUGUUUAAUGUAUUGUUUUUUUAAAUGCAAUACGUGGGGCAAUUAAAAUUAAUAUAUUUUAAGGGGCCUAUACACUUAGACUUUGCAUUGUUUUAAAUAAUGUGUGCUACACUGUUUAUUGGGACAUAAUCUUUGAAUAAAUAUAUUUAAGAGCAAUAAUGCAUUGCAAAUGUUAGUAAAGAUUUCUUUUGAGUAUAAUUUUGAUAAUCCACAAACAUUAAUACAUACAUAAAAAAACCAUUCAUUCAUCAGUCAACUAUUGCAUUUUGCAUCAGACAGGAUGUUUUCUAUGCCAAUCAAUUUUCCUAGCAAUCAUCCAAGACCCCAAGACCUCUUCCACAGAGUAAUAUGCAUUCAACACCAACAGAUGUUUCAGAUUAAUGUAAUUAAGGUUUGGUGAUUGUUUGACACAUUCACUGUGGGUGACGAGCAUGCUCGUCAUGUGAAAAUGGCGAGCCGGGCGUUGGAUGAGCGAGCUCAGUAUACGGCAGCUGCUUUCAUAUUGCCUCAGUGUGAGCUGAGCAGUUGCCCGGAUAGGCUGUAACACUCAUAGCGAGGUGUGCCUAUUUCGGUGAAUCAGUUCGGUGCGAUUCGUCGCCGGUUCGCCAUUUUCGUUUGUUGUAGGUAUAUGAUUUGCGAUAUUGUGUGAGUGGAUUAUAGAGUCUGUUGACUGUGUAAGUGUAUGUACUCAUAAUGGAGGAAGACGAUAAUGUUAUUGAUGAUAAUUUUUCAUCUGAUGAAGACAAUGAGUCGAAUUCGAACAGUUGUAGGGACAGUGAAGGCGGCGUCCCCCACCCCCAGUGGGCCACCCCACACCAUUACGUGUAAUUGAUGUACUAUCUACGUGUAAUUGAUGUACUAUCUACGUGUAAUUGAUGUACUAUCUACGUGUCAUUCAUGUACUAUAUUCGUGUAACUCGCGAGUGUUUGUGCCGAAACCUCGAGCGCUGCGAGCACAUACAACACAGGGACCAGCACCUGGUGUGGAUGAUGAGCAGACUCGGCACGGACAUGACGUCACCCGUUCCGACCAACGAAGCUUCCGGGAUACCUUGGACAACCCUUUUGGCUAUCCUGACUCCGUUUUGGGUAAGUAAAAAAAAAAAUUCGCGCAUUUUCUGUCGCCGGUAAUUUUGUCAUCCGCAGUGAAUGUGUUAAUAUCAUCUGGUGGCCUGUAUAUCAACUUCACUCCAGUAUGUAAUGAAAUUAUCAGAAGUUCUGGGUUGCAUAACACAAUAAUUAUUUCUGUGUCUUGUCCCAUUAGUUACGACUUUGUAACAGACACUUUCUAUGUAUUCAUUCUGUCAGGCCUAAGUCAAUGUACAUACCUAAGAAUUUGAUGGAAUCUGAUUUAUCUAUGACUUUGUUAUCCAUCAUGAUAGCAGGUUGAUUUUCAUUUCCCCACUCUCUGAGAAAGAAAUUAAUUACAAUGGCUUUUGAACGGUUUGCCUUAAAAUUCAACUUUGAAAAUACUUGAAAGCAGACUAAAAGAAAAGAUUUUAUUUCCAAGUCUUGAUUUGUUGUCUGAAUAGUGGUAAUCAAAAAAGUUUGGUUAAUUUUUUGAAAGUAUUCAGAGAGAAAUUAAAUCAGUGCACUAGGUUUUGAAUGAAUAAAAAAUACAUUUUCAAGUUAUUUUACUAACUAAAAUGACCAAAAAGCUAAAAUUGAUUAUGUUUCACACAAUCAAUGUAAAUAUUAUUUUUAGUGAGAUACAGUAUUAUAAACAGUUCUAUAGAGCGUAGAUAUUCAAAAUUAAUUCUCAUAAGACCCCUUCUCGUUUAUUCAACUAUAAUAAUAUACCAUUUUAUUAUAAUAACAUAAAAUAUACAGUAAUGAUACUAUAAAUAACCAUAAACUAGAUGGUAAACGUUUUCAAAAUAAAAUAAAUUGAUACAGCAAUUUGAAAUCAAACUUUUGGGUACAGAAGUGGAACUGAUGAAUACAACCAUUGUUAUAGUUUUAAUUAUGUAUAACAAUAAUUCAGUGCAUACGAAGAAAACAGUUGUGCAACUGACUCUACAGAGACGGUAGGGUAGUAAGUAGGCUAAAAACGUAUGUCCCACAUACACCUACCUUUAGUGCACAGUGCAGAUCUUAAGUGAACAGUUAUAUGCAUACUUUAAACUAAUAUCUACUUAAUAGGAUUUAUUCAUCAGAAUCUAAUCCGAAUAGUUGACAUCCGAAUUAUUAAUGCUUUGGUAUGUGUAAGUAAAUAAAUUAUGUUAUUGAAUAUUAGAGAAGAGAAUAAAUAAAUAAAAUCAAUAUACAGUCCUCAAUAGUCAAAUUAUAAAAAUAUAAAGUUAUAACUGAAUAUUCACAUCUCUUUGGUGUGAUAAGGUAAAUCUGCUGGAAGAUGAGAAGUUUUGCCUCGGAAUCGUAAACAUAAUAUCAGUAGGUGCAAAAUUAUCAUGUUUUUUUUAUAGCAAAGUCCCAGUUCUUAGGAUGCUUAUACAUCUGCAUGUGAUGAAAGCAGCUUGACAUAACCUUCCGAAUAUCACUAUCAUUCUUAUCCAGAAUAUUUCUUGUUGAAGAUGCAUUGUAUUGAAUGACAAAUUACACUUGCAUUGACUCAUGCCCCAGUUAUGGGGUGGGGAACAAAGGUUUUUAUUUGUGCAAUUCCUCUUGCCCAUUUCAUUACAAUAGAUUCAAUUGUUAGGAUUAAUUGUUGUUUUGUUGGGUUUCUGUGGGAGAGGGCUUGAAAGCCCAACCUCCACGUCUUUAAUAAAGGCAUUUUUCAUUUUAAUCAAUGAAAAAUGGGUAUGAUAAUUUGUGUUAGGGCUAGACUGGUGGUUUGGUUGUAUGAAACCUCUUGUAUCCAAGUUGACUAGUAUAUGGGCCCCUUUUGUCUUUCUUGGCGACUGGAUGAGAGGAGGGGGUCUACACUGCUCUUGUGAAAAUUGUUUCAAAGUUACGUAACUGAGCAAUAGGACGAGAUUAGGUCAGUAGUUUCAUUAAAGCUGUUUUUGAUAAUGAAACCAAAUGCUCAGUUAUAUAACACAAGGGGCUCUCCUAGUUUUUAUAUAUUUUUGUUAAUCAAUGUGAAAAGUAGUUAAGAUCAAUUAUGUGGUGUAUUUAUAUAUUUUCUAAAUAAUUUUUACAGCUUAGCAAAUUUUAUAUAGACAUUUAUUAAACAUAUAAGUCAAAUGUUAGGUGAUUUCAAAAAUAUAUUUUAAAAGAAAAGUUACAGAAAAGUCUUGCUAGAGCAUUUGAAGUUUUCUGUUGACAUUAGCAAACUGCCAUUAGUUUUAUUUUUCAACUGCCAUUAGUUUUGAAUUGAAUAUCAAGAUGUGUAAAAAAGGAAACGCAGCUGACAAUCGUGUACGAGGUUUGGCUAAAAAUUUACUGAGAUUGAAGGAAACAACAUAGAAACACUUCAACAUAUUUUGCAUAAGCAUGGUACACAAGAAAGCUGAUCAAAUGGUGCUUGAAAAAAGUUUGAACAAAAAUAUUUGUGCAGUUAUUCUAAAAUGCAUCAAAAGAUUUCUAAAUUUCUGUUAAAUAAUAACAUGUGAUGAAUUGUGAUUUUUUUUUCAUUCAUGAUCCGGAAACUAAUCAUCAGUCAGUGCAAUGGUAGAAACUCAUUUCAUCGAGAUUGAAGAGGGCUAAAAUGUCAAAAUCAAAAUUCCUUAACAAUGACAAUAUGGGCUUUGUAAUCUAUGUGAUUGUGUAUCUGAAUUGGGUGCCUGAAGUUUGAACAAUGUAUAAUCUGUUAUUUCGAAAUCACACAUACACUUUCUCAAUGAGUAAACAGAAAAGCUUUGUAUGACAUUGUUUGUCAAGUUGUCUGUUUUUUUUGUUAAACAUGGUAUACCUGAUUCGGUAUACCACUCCAUUCUGCCUGCUCCAUGUGGCCUUUUUCUGUCUUCAAAUAGAAAAGACAACAGAGAAGAAGUACUGCGCUCAGAAAAUAACUUCAAUUGAAAUACUGUUUUGAUAUAUGACCAACACUGGAAAAUUCAUAUGGGGCGAUGCCAAAUAAUUCUAGAGGUAUAGGGGUAUAUUGAAGCGGAUAAACAAGAGGAAAAAUAAAGAAUGAUGAAACUCUAAUCUGGUAAUCUUUUAGCCAAACCUCAUUAAUAGUACAGAGAUAUUUUAACAUUUUCAGACAGCAUCCCUUAAUUUUCUAUCCUUAUUUCAAUAACUGUUAAAUGUUAAACUUGCAGAUUAACAGUUACAUAAUCUGGUUAAAUCAAUUUGGAUGUUUGUGAAAUGAUUAGUAGUUGUAUUAAAAUAACGUCAUUACAUACUGACAUCGUGUUAUGUAAUAUUAAGGAUUUAGAACAAUCAUGUAAUAGUUACAUAAAUCUAUUUUAAAUGUAUAGGGUUAUUAGUUUUUUAAGGACUGUUAUACUUAUGAGAUCUAUAUUUUUAUAGAAGGUUUUUCGCACUUGUUGAUUUUGAUAUAUAUAUAUACAUAAUUUUUUAUAUCUUAUUUUGAUAUUAAUGUUUUAGUUGGCCAAUUUUUACAAGUCAAAGGGUAGUAUAGUCAUAAUUCAAAUAUAUUCUGUUUUGUUAAUACUCAUUUUUCUACAUUCAUAUUACAAUCGUUUAGGCGUAUAAAUAUUAGAUCAGAACGGCUCAAACAGUUUUGAUUUCUACAUUAGACUAACACCAUCAACAAUAAUUAGUCCAAUAAUUAUUGUUGAACACAUUUAGUGUUCUCUUCACACACAUAGUUUCAUCACAUUGAAUAUUAACUAGAUUCAGUCUAGUACCAUAAUUUAUUAUUUUAAGAAUAAAUAAAAUAAUCUCUUAAUUCUUUACAAGAAAAGGUUGUAAUCCAAACCAGCUAAAUAUGGAUGGGACACACAAUUGAUAUAGUGUUGGUUUGGAUGUUUUUACAUUUGUUUGUACCAAAGUUAUUUUGUAAAUAAAGACAAAUUAAUAGAAUUUAAGUAGGUAUUUAAGAACUUAUAAUUAUUGAUUUAUAACAUAUUAAUCAUCAGAAGCCAAAUGCUGUGAAUACAGUAGGUAGUGAUUGCCACAUAAAAAGUGAAUUAUUUCAACAGGCUUAAAACUGUGAACAGCCAACAGAGAUUUUCCAAAUUAGUAUGAAGAUUAUCAACAAAUAAUUGUAUCAAAGUAAAAUCCACAAGUUGCUAUGAAAACCUUUUGCACUGCUGUGCUUGUAUUUAUCUGUCUGUACAUGUUGGGUUAUUUUCAAGUGGAAUUUUCAGAAAUAAUCCAAACCAGUAAUGAAGGGUAAUCAGUUAUUCCUGUGCUCACCAUGUUGCAGUCAUACAGAUAACAUUAAUCUGUUAUAAAUACAUUAGCAAUGAGUAAUCGAUUUCAGAUUUAAAGUAACAAACAAUGUUGUUUAUUCUUAUUUUACUUGACAAAAUGUCAUACACUUAAAAUUAGAUAGACUAUAAAUUAUUAUUUGAACUUCAUGUACAUAGUGAUGUGAACCUUCAAAAAUUAACUUUAUCAGUAUAUUUAAAAAGAGCUUAAGAGAGCAUGCCAGUAAGCUAUCAGCUAACAAUCUGAGGUUCCACUCUUAAGAUGGAGCUAAAGUUUAAAAGCGUGUUACAAAUAGGAACUCAUCUGUAAUCCAUAAAUGUUUCACUAUAUAAACAUGGAUUUUAGUUUCUCAAUGUUAAUGCAAAGUACAAUAUUACAGUUAGAAUAUUUAACAUCUGAAAGUGUAACACUGUAAACAAUAAAUAAUAGAGUAUGACAAAAUUUGUAACAAGAGAGUCAUCAUUGAACUUAAAGAGAAAAAAAAUGCAAAAAUAAAGAAAAAACUGAAGUACAAGGAAAACAUGGCAUGGUCUCCUAAAGGCUACACACGAAACAUCAAUACACACUCAAGCACUACAGGUGAAGAGAUGAGCCAAGAGAACGAAGAUGAUGGCUACAGUGAUGUGAGUUUACUCUUGAAAGGAGGUGUAUAUAAAUUGAAAUAUAGAUAAAUUCAAUAUAUAAUUUUUCCAUAAGAAACUAUAUAUUUAAUAUAUAUUACAAUCCAUUAGUAUUGACAGAUAAUCAUGUUCUUUUUAAUGUGCAUCAAGACACUAAAAUUUAAGUUUAUAUAAUGAAAGAUUUAUGGAUUUGAAACAAUUCUUAUCUUUAAACGAGUUUUAAAUUUUUACUCAAUGUUAUUUACACUUAAUGAAUGAAUAAUUUCACAGAGUGGACAAGUGAGUCUUUUAAACAUUUAAUAUUGUAAGUUGGAGAUUCAAGGAAUAUUUCUUGGGUUAAAGUUACUGCAAAAUGGAGGACAUAAAAGUAAAGAAAAUAUGCAUACUAUAAUUAAGAUGCCCUUUACUACAUUGUUUUAGUAAUAAAAGGUAAUUAAAUGCCAUUGUAAAAAGUUAAAACUUAGGAAUAAAAUUUGCAAAUUGAUAAAUGGAAUUGAGUGUCAUCUUGAUUUCAUGACUAUAUUUAAGGUUGGUAGCUCUCUUUAUGCAAUGUGAUCAAUGAGAGUGUUUAGAGUUUGAAAAUAAGUAAUUGCCUUUUUAAUUAAUUUGUAACACUAUUUUUUAAGUCACUGUAUUCUCCAUUUAACUUACACAUUCCAUGCAUUACAGUAAAACAAUGCAUUUCAUUAGGAAUUUUAAUUUUCUAAGUAGAUUUCAUUACUAUGUGAUCCACUAUUUUUAAUGUUAAUGGGAAGUUUUUUUAAUUAUUUUUUGUAUUCAAUAAAUAUGUGUUCAUUAUUUAAUGUGAAGAAAUGUUGUUAGUUUUGUGGAUUCUAGUGGUAUUUAUUAUCACAUUAGAGUUCUCUCUUAAUAUUUAAAGUUAUUGUUGGACAUAAUAUUAUGUUACAGUGUUUUGUAUUUCUUAAUAUUCUCAAUUGUUGUAAGUCUUAUUGAUUUGAUGAAUGUGAUUGUUUUAUUUUAAUAUUGUUUGUGCAAUAAAAUGUGUUUGUUUACUACAUAAA